GUUUUGCUUUUGGCGACCAUCUAGCUAACAAACGUAGCGAGCGGAAGACUAAACGGCUAGUAUUUUGUUUAGUUGCCCACAACUUAGCAACAGUCCCCUUGGGCGAGGGGAAGUGUAAGUCAUUGUAAACAUACAUUACAAAACGAUGGCAUAUUAAUCCACCCGCUUGUUUUCGUCGUACCAUGCUGCAGUCGGUUAAGCUAACGUUGAAUUCCAGCACUCGUCUUCAGUCCCUUCUAGCGUCAAUGCCAAAGCUGAUCGGUGACGUUUUGACGGGAAGUCUAGUGUGAAAUCCUCAUGAGGUGAUGCUGCAUGUGUUGCGCCAUCCUCUGCAGAGGUCCCUCAUCUGUCUACAAUGGACGCGUCUACGCUCCCCGUUCUCCACCAAGCCUCACUCCCUUCAGGGCGAGGACUCCGCCGGGACCCGCCUGAACCCCCUCAACAUCCAGAUGCUGUCGAAGAACCUCCAUAAGCAGAUCUUUCGAGGGCUGGAACCAGAAUACAGAGAGGAAGAUGUGGAGCGCAGCAUUAGGCAUUUGCAGAAACACCAGCUGUGGGGGAAGGAAACGCCACUGUUGCCCGACGUGGACCUGAAACUUCCCAAAAUGUAUGGCAGAAAUAUUGAUGAGCACUUUUGUAUCUUGGCCCAGCAUCAGAGUCUUCCCUACCUUGAGGCUGCCAAUGAGCUGCAGCGGGCUGAGCUCCCUCCCAUGCCAGAGGAAUGGAGCUGGGAGGUUGGCUGGACACGCUACGGGCCCAAUGGGGAGCGUCAGAAGGUGGAUUUCCCAGAGGAGUCGGCACUAGUGUUUGAUGUGGAGGUGUGCACAACAGAGGGACAGUGUCCCACACUGGCUGUUGCUGUGUCUCCCACUAACUGGUAUUCCUGGUGCAGCAAGCGUCUGAUUGCAGAGCGAUACUCCUGGUCAAACAAGUUGACCCUUGCCGACCUCAUCCCACUUGAGACACCUAUCAACUCUUCCUACCCUCCCAGGGGCUUGUGGAAGAACAGGCUCAUAGUGGGCCAUAACGUCAGUUUUGACAGAUCUUACAUUAAGGAGCAAUACUUGCUAAAGGGUUCAAAAGUACGCUUCAUGGACACCAUGAGCCUUCACAUGGCCAUCUCGGGCUUGACAGGCUUCCAGCGAACACUGUGGAUGGCCAAUAAGAUGGGAAAGAGGAGGGGUCUUCAGGAGGUCAAAGAACACAUUAAGAAAGCCGGACAGAAAAGGGAGGGCCCCAUGAUCGGCUCCUGGGACUGGGUGAACAUCAGCAGCAUUAAUAACCUUGCUGAUGUCCAUGCGCUGUAUGUGGGAGGGCCGCCGCUGCAGAAGGAGGCCAGAGAGACCUUUGUGAAGGGCAGCAUGAUGGAUGUUAGGAACAACUUCCAGGAGUUAAUGCAGUAUUGCGCCAUGGAUGUUCAGGCCACCCAUCAAGUCUUCACAGAACAGCUUCCCCUCUUCAUGGAGAGGUGUCCUCAUCCAGUGACGCUUGCAGGGAUGCUGGAGAUGGGUGUGAGCUACCUUCCCGUCAAUCAAAACUGGGAUCGGUACCUGGAAGAUUCUCAGGACGUUUAUGAAGAGCUCCAGAGAGAGAUGAAGAAGUCUCUGAUGGCUCUAGCAGACGAUGCCUGCCAGCUGCUGCAGGAUGACAGAUAUAAAGAAGACCCCUGGCUUUGGGAUCUUGAGUGGGAUGUGCAGGAAUUCAAGCAGAAGAAAGUAGCAGCCAGCAAGAUGAAACAAUCGAAAAAAAUAGUUGAAAAACAAGUUGUUACUCCUCUUGCAGACUUGGAAGAAGAUCCAGGUCCACCAUCUGAAGAGGAGAUGGCAGGCCCUUGCCCCAGCAGGCUGGCUGUGGAGAAGCUGAAGGAAACAGUCAGUCGACUUCCUAAGAGAAGGCAACAUCUGCCCGGACAUCCGGGGUGGUAUCGUAAGCUUUGUGAAAAGAUGUCUGAGGACGACAGCUGGUCACCUGGAGCCAGCCUGAUCAGUCUACAGAUGAGACUGACGCCUAAGCUGAUGGGUCUGACGUGGGACGGUUUCCCCCUGCAUUACACAGAGAAACAUGGGUGGGGCUACCUGGUUCCUGGGCGCCGGGAUAACAUAAACUCUCAGGAGGAAAACACUGGGCCUGUGUGCCCACACAGAGCUAUUGAGAGUGUUUACAGAGAGUAUUGUGAGCAGAACAGCAAAGAGAGGCCUGAAUAUAUGGACUCCAGCCCUUCAGAUGACCUCAUGUUGACGGACAGCGCAGUGUGGGCAAAGGUGGAGGAGUUAAGUUCCUUGGAAAGUUUGACGGACGAAAAUGGAGUCAGAAUGAUGAAAAAUGGGGAGAGGAAAAAUGCAUCCCAAGAUCCAUUUUAUAUCACAGAGAAGAGUCAGUGCUACUAUCACCAUGGAAACGGGCCCUACAAUGAUGUAGAUAUCCCAGGGUGCUGGUUUUUCAAAUUACCUCACAAGGAUGGUAAUCACAACAAUGUCGGCAGUCCUUUUUCAAAGGACUUUCUGGCCAAGAUGGAGGACGGUACUCUGAGGGCAGGACGGGGUGGAACCAAUGCUACGCGAGCCCUGGAGAUCAACAAAAUGAUGUCCUUCUGGAGGAAUGCCCAUAAACGUAUAAGCUCUCAGAUGGUGCUGUGGCUGCGAAAAGGAGAGCUUCCUCAAACUGUCGUCAGAAACAAGGAGUUUGAUGGAGAGGGCCAGUACGGUGCCAUAUUACCUCAGGUCAUCACUGCUGGAACGGUGACACGUAGGGCUGUGGAGCCCACAUGGCUGACUGCCAGUAAUGCACGGCGGGAUCGGGUAGGCAGUGAGCUGAAGGCCAUGGUGCAGGUGCCACCUGGGUACCACCUGGUCGGAGCAGAUGUAGACUCUCAGGAGUUGUGGAUUGCUGCUGUGCUUGGAGAAGCUCACUUUUCUGGCAUGCACGGUUGCACAGCUUUUGGCUGGAUGACCCUUCAGGGAAAGAAGAGUCAGGGCACUGACCUGCACAGCCGCACUGCUGAUGCCGUGGGUAUCAGCAGAGAGCACGCAAAGGUCUUCAACUAUGGACGCAUCUAUGGCGCAGGACAGCCCUUUGCCGAGAGGCUGCUGAUGCAGUUCAACCACCGCCUCAGUCAGACAGAAGCUGCCAGUAAGGCCAGGCAGAUGUAUGCCUUGACAAAGGGUAUACGCAGAUACAGUCUGUCAGAGGAGGGGGAGUGGCUGGUCAGUGAACUGGGUAUAGAGGUGGAGAGGGAGGAAAAUGGAGGUAUCUCCCUGCAGGAGUUGCGGAGGAUCAGUAGACUGGCCUCAAAGUGCUCUCGGCGGAAGAGGUGGGACAUUGUCAGCCAGCGUCAGUGGGCCGGAGGUACUGAAUCGGACAUGUUCAACAAGCUGGAGAACAUCGCCCAUUCAGCCAAGCCAGCCACUCCUGUUCUAGGCUGCAGGAUUAGCAGAGCACUGGAGCCCAAGGCAGUUAAGGACGAGUUUAUCACUAGCAGAGUGAACUGGGUGGUCCAGAGCUCAGCAGUGGACUACCUACAUCUGAUGCUGGUGGCCAUGAAGUGGCUCUUUGAGGAGCACAACAUUAAUGGCCGUUUCUGCAUCAGCAUCCACGAUGAGGUGCGGUACCUGGUCUGCAGUGAAGACCGUUACCGAGCAGCGCUGGCACUUCAGAUCACAAACCUGCUUACGAGGAGUGCGUUCGCCCAUGCCUUAGGCAUGCAGGACCUUCCCCAGUCAGUAGCUUUCUUCAGUGCAGUUGACAUUGACAAGUGUCUGAGGAAGGAGGUCACCAUGGACUGCGUGACCCCCUCUAACCCCACAGGUCUGGAACGAAGAUACGGCCUACCACCUGGUGAAGCCUUGGACAUCUACCAAAUCAUCAACAUCACCAAAGGCUCUCUUAACAAAGAAAGAUAGCUCUUGUUGGACCAUGCUACUGUUGUAGGAGGCUGUGCAUCGGCAGGUAAAAGUCGAGAUCAGCGAGGAAUUGGGGGAUGUGUAUGUCAAACCGAGGAGCUCCUAAGUGUCAGCUCACUGCUUCCGCUUUUUCUGUUUUGGCUCUUGUGUCUCCUCUGCUUCCUGUGACUCUGUGGUCUGAAAGGAAUGGAAGAAGAAAUAGACACUGAAAUCUCCCCUGGCAGAAGCCUACUGGAAGUGGAGAGUGUUGAAGGGAAUUAAAUAUUAAACACUUGAAUGUAGAAGAUAAUAAUCAAACCAUUGCAUGUGGGAAAACAUUUCAGUAAUUGGCUCUGUCUGGAUGGUAUAUAAAAAAAAAAAUAAAAAAAAGCUUUAUCGACUGAUGUAAUCAAGUUAAGAGGGGGAGAAAACAAAACAAAACAAAAACACAGAGUUGACCUUUGGAGCCGCCAGUUCCAGUCUGAGAUGGCACUUACCUCUAGACUGUCGUCCCGCUCCUGAAGGGCUGCAUCCAGAGUAGCAGCGUUGAUGCGGAAAUCUCUCGAGGUGCUCAGCUUCAUGUACUGCAUUAGAUUUACCUGGACAACAUACACAGACGUUGGUGAAACACUGGAUACAAGUGGCCUGACUGAUGAAACAGCACUGAGAGUUUUCGGGGAGAUUACUGUAUUUUGCUCAAUUUUCUCUUUUGCAAGUCGCUUUGUGUAUUUUGCGAAUAGUAAUUUUAGCUUUCGAGUGAUCCAGCUCCCACAUACCUUUGAUUUCUUUGAGAGUGUGAUGAGGUAUUUCUCAUACUGUUCAAUGCUGAAGAUCAAGUCAGGGAUGGCCUUUGUCUCUCGCAGAAGCUUUGCCUACCAAGAGAAAAUAAAAAGAAUGUAAAUGUA